AAAUUAAAAAGAAAAAGAAAAUUACCUCUCCUGCCCCCCCCUCUCUGCAACAACAACAACAACAACAACCACCUUGCCCCACCACCAUCACCAUUGCCAGCACCAGUAACGACACGUCGUUCCUUCUCAAAAUCCGAUUAAAAUCACAACAACCGACGAUCCUCUCUCUCUUUUUUACAUUUUCUUUUCCGUUGGUGAAAAAUUCAAAAUUCUCUCAUUUUCCCGAUCAUCCUUCUUUUUAAUUUUCUCGACAACCAAACAGAAUUUUUUUUCGAUUUCUCUCGGUUAUUUGCCUCACCUGUUGCCUGCCUCCGACUUAGCUUUUUUUUUUCCUGCUUUGAUUUCGAUUGCUUGUCUCAGGGAGGCAUUUCAAUUUCGGAUCAGUGAAACCACUAGGAGGAGAAAAAUUAGGGUUUCGGAUCGAGGUUUUUGGUCACUUCUAGGGUUUAACAUUGGAAUUUUUAAAUUUUGUGUUUGUAGCAGGGUUUCCUUUAAUGAUCUGAUUUGGAGAGAGAUAUAUAUAGUUUUAUGAUGGUAGAUAGACAAUGGUGAGGCUAUUAGGAUUAACUCGCGGAGAAUCGGAUGAUUCUCCGCGAGAGAUUACCUCGAGGACGACUCCUUUAACUAGUGAGUCAGGUGAGAGUGGGUGGUUGAUUAGGUUCUUUGACUCAUCUUUCUUUUGUGAGUGGAUUGCAGUUAGUUAUCUAUACAAGCACGAUCAUGCCGGGGUUCGGGAUUAUCUGUGUAAUAGAAUGUAUACAUUGCCCUUGUCGGGUAUUGAGAGUUAUUUGUUUCAAAUUUGUUAUAUGAUGAUACAUAAGCCAAGUCCGUCACUUGAUAGGUUUGUUAUUGAUAUGUGUUCUAAGUCGUUGUUAAUAGCUUUGAAAGUGCAUUGGUUUUUGUUGGCGGAGCUUGAGGAUUCGGAUGAUAAUGAUGGGAUUAGUAGGAUUCAGGAGAAGUGUCAGAUUGCUGCCACUUUGAUGGGAGAGUGGCCGCCAUUGUUGAGGCCACGAAAUGAGUCUUCGAGUCCUGGGAGUAAGAAUCAGGUUUUGAAUAGAAUCUUGUCAUCAAAACAGAAGUUGUUGUCAUUGACUUCUUCUCCACCUCUACAGAAGUCUACGCAAUUAUCGGGGAAUAGUUUGCAGGAGGAUGGGACUGGGAGCCAGUUGUCACCGGAUGAGAAUAAGAUUUUUAAGAAGUUUAUUCCUGGUCCAAAGGUUAGAGAUGCUUUGUUGUUUAGGAAGUCAGUUGAUAAAGAUGAUACAAAGGCUAGAGAUGCUUUAUUGUUUAGGAAGUCAGUUGAUAAAGAUGAGGAUGAGGGUGGAAAGGAUGGAUUUUUCAAGAGACUUUUGAGGGAUAGUAGCAGACGCGAGGAUGAGGAGUUGACAACAAGUUCAGAUGGUUUUUUCAAGAGGCUUAGAGAUAGCAUUAAAAGCGAGGAUGAGGAGUUGACGUCCAGCUCAGAUGGGUUUUUCAAGAGGCUUCUCAGGGACAAUAGUAGAGUCGAGGAUGAGGAAGUAAUGUCAAGCUCCGAUGGCUUUUUCAAGAAACUGUUUCGUGAUAGUAAGAGUGAUGGUGAUGAAAAGCUGGUUUCUAAAUCUGCCGAAGACGAUGAAAAAGAGGGGUUCCUUAAGAGGUUUUUUAAGGAGAAGUUUGAAGACAAGAAAGAUGGAAAUGAUCAGAACGAGGAUGAAGAAAGGUUGAAGCUUGAAGAGAAAGGUUCAAAAUCUGCAGAGGAUGAUGAAAAAGAGGGGUUCUUCUGGAAGUUGUUCAAGGAUAAGUUUGAGGACAAGAAAGAUGUGACUGAUAAACCUGAUGAGGGGACUGUCAAUGGUGAGGAAGAAGAACCUUCUGACUUUUCCUUGUUUCGAAGACUGUUUCGUGUGCAUCCUGAAGAGGUCAAAAGUUCUCCUGUGAAUGAAAAUAACGAUAGUGGUAGCUUGCUUGAAAGCAGGCUGGGUACUGAGAAUUUUUUUCGCAAAUUGUUUAGAGAUCGUGAGCGCUCAGUUGAAGACUCUGAGUUAUUUAGUUUUAAGAAGAACAAUGAGAAGCAUCCUGGAUCACCUAAGCAACAGAAUGAGAAAUCAAACACAAAGCCCCCACUUUCAAAUACUGCAGCACUGUUCCGGAAAGGGGCUUAUCACGAGUCAUUGGACUUUGUGAUGACAUUAUGUGAAACUUCUUAUGGUUUGGUGGAUGUGUUUCCUGUUGAAGAUCGUAAAAGUGCUCUUUGUGAGUCACUUGCAGAGAUCAACAUGCGUUUAGCUGAGGCUCAAAACAGUGGAGGGGUUUGCUUUCCAAUGGGAAAGGGGAUGUAUCGCAUUGUUCAUAUACCCGAAGAUGAAGCUGUUCUCUUGAAUUCUAGGGAAAAGGCCCCUUAUCUGAUUUGUGUUGAAGUAUUGAAAAGUGAAAUGCCAAGUAAUAGCAAGGAGACAUCUGGUACUCAGAAGCUUUCCAGAGGAGGAAUUCCUCUAGCAAAUGGCGAUGCAUUCUUGCAGAAGCCACCUCCUUGGGCUUAUCCUUUGUGGACUGCCCAGGAAGUUUAUCGGAAUAGUAGUGAUAGGAUGUCUCGAUCAACCGCUGAGGCGAUUGACCAGGCAAUGUCCCAUUCAUCAGAAAUGAAAAUGAAAUUUGUUAGUGUGAGUCUUUCAGUGGAGAAGCAAUUCCCUAGCCAGUCAACUGUCAUUGAAGCACCCAAAUUGAAUUCUGGCAUCAAUUGUAUGCAUCAAAAUGCUUCACAUUGUAAUGAUUUGGAAUGGGUAAGGGUAGUGUUGACAGCAGAUCCUGGAGUUAGAAUGGAAGACACAGGGUAUGCAGGGGCACCACGACGCAAGGAGCAUCGUCGUGUUCCUAGUACAAUUGCCAUGGAAGAAGUAAAGGCUGCUGCAGCCAAAGGGGAAGCACCUCCUGGACUCCCUCUGAAAGGGGCUGGUCAAGAUUCCUCAGAUGCACACCCAAAGGUUGAUGGCAAUCCCAAGGCCAGUGAUGCCUUAUCUGGUGAACUCUGGGUGGUCAAGAAAGAGAGAAUACGCAAAGCUUCAUUAUAUGGGAAAUUACCUGGUUGGGACCUGCGCUCUGUUAUUGUGAAGAGUGGUGAUGAUUGUAGGCAGGAGCAUCUUGCUGUGCAACUCAUUUCUCACUUUUAUGAUAUAUUUCAAGAAGCUGGUCUCCCUCUUUGGUUGCGUCCCUAUGAAGUUCUAUGUACUUCAUCUUACACAGCUCUCAUUGAAACAAUUCCAGAUACGGCAUCAAUCCAUUCUAUUAAGAGCAGAUAUCCAAAUGUCACGAGUUUGCGUGACUUUUUUGUUGCCAAGUAUGGAGAGAACUCCCCAAGUUUUAAGCUUGCACAGAGGAACUUUGUUGAAAGCAUGGCUGGAUAUUCUCUUGUGUGCUACCUUUUACAGGUGAAGGACAGGCACAAUGGGAACUUGUUAAUGGAUGAAGAUGGCCACAUUAUACACAUUGAUUUUGGCUUCAUGCUCUCUAACUCUCCUGGUGGUGUAAAUUUUGAAAGCGCACCUUUCAAACUAACCCGGGAACUUCUUGAGGUCAUGGAUUCUGAUGCUGAGGGAAUUCCAAGCGAGUUCUUUGACUAUUUUAAGGUUUUAUGUAUUCAAGGCUUCUUGACAUGUCGGAAGCAUGCAGAGCGUAUUAUUCUCCUUGUUGAGAUGUUGCAGGAUUCUGGUUUCCCUUGCUUUAAAGGUGGUCCUCGGACAAUACAGAACCUAAGAAAGCGAUACCAUCUAAGUUUGACAGAAGAGCAAUGCGUGUCCUUGGUGCUCUCUCUGAUCAGCAGCAGCUUAGAUGCAUGGCGGACACGGCAGUAUGAUUAUUAUCAAAGGGUUUUAAAUGGAAUAUUGUGAGGUUAGAUUUGUUUGGUGACUGCCUUCUUUGCUCCCUUUGACCAAAUCAGUCUGUCCAGUGAAGCAUUUUGAUUGGAGCUGUUUGUAAAAUGAUGUCAUCUAAUGGCAAUUGGUUCACUGCACUGUGGUUUUGGCAACUAAGCAGAAUAGUGAUGACAGUUUGUGACCUGUUUCCGCUUGGUGUGAGGAAAUUGUAAUUGUAUCGGCUGAAAUACCUUUUAAAAGUCCUGCAGGCUGCGUUUACCUCAGCAAGGUUUUCUUUUUUUCAUCAUUUCCCUUGUCAUUUGUCAUAGAAUUCUGCUGGCUGCUGGGGGAAUUUAGUUACACGACAAGAGAAAUACUGCACUGUUUACGCAUCUUCAGAUAGAACAUACUUGUACAUAGUGAUUCGUCGGGGGACAACGUUCCAGGCAUGAAAUGGUGUCUGAGGCUGUAAUUGUUGGUUCCCAUUGCAGCUACUUCAUAUUCCACACUGGUUAGUGAUCAGAAGCAGCUGAGCAUUCCCGAUUUUGUAUCUAUUCAUAUUUCGAAGUCUAUUAUUUUCUUCCGAUAAAGUUUGAACAGACUGUAUAUUGGAUAGGCGGCCCUGUCAGUCAGUAACUGUUCUCCGUUUGUUGUCUAUUCUUCCAAGAGCAUAAUUCUUCCAUGCUUUCUACCAAAGGCUUGCUAGUAACAUUCUUGAUAAAGGGUAUAUGAAUACAACCUCUUAAAUUAGAUCCCAUUUGCUCUCAACAGUUAGAAAAUCUGUUCAUUUGAUAUUCCUGUUGUAUAUCAGAGUUUUGGUGGCUUUGAAUUUGGAUUCCAGGCUGUGUUUUUCUUGAUUAAAAUUUUGAUGUUUGUCC